AAUAAAGAUGGCCGGAGCCUUUUACUUUCCUCCGCUGGAGACAACAGGAGAAAUCACCUGUGAGAAGGUGCAACCUCUUUCCACUGCUCCCUUGGCAGAAGGAGCCACAGGAGGAGUAGAGGUGAACAUCAGAGAAGAUUCCACAGCAGGUCAAGGAAGAAAGGACAAAUGCAAGUUAUGUCCAACAGAGGAGGAUCCUCCACAAGAAAUGAACCCAGAGAUUGUCCAGGGCCCAGAUGGGAACCAGGAGACAUACAGGGUUCAUCUCCCCGGGGCAGGCUCGUUCCGUUGCUCUGAAACUGAACUAGGAUUUGAGGUGAGGGCAGCCGUGACCGUCCAAUACAGAUACAACUCCUGGGAUCAGCAUCUGAGAGAAUGGAGUACUCCUGAAUGGUUGGUGAUUGGCCCUUUGUUCAACAUCCGGGCAGAACCGGCCACGGCUGUGGCAGCCGUUCACUUCCCGCACGUCCUGUGCCUGGCAGGGGGACAGGCUGACAUUUCUCAGAUGCGAAUCGCCCAUUUCACUGAUGUGGGGAUGACCCUGGAGGAGCCAACGGGGGUGAGGCCGUUCCACGCUGUGCUGGAGAACCCCAGCUUCUCCCUUUAUGGAGUUAUUUUUAUCUGUUCUGGAUUCCUGUCUAUUCCAGUUCACUCCAUGAUGCUGAUCUACCAGGCACUGCGGGCUGCAGACACAACCCUUCACCUCUACCUGAUCCCCAAUGACGGCUCACUAGAGAAGGCAAUCAGAAAACAUGAGGAGAAGCACCAGUCAGUUUCUGUGGACAAACCUCCUCAAACCAAUGGGCCCCUGUACUUUGGCACUGAUUAUACGGUGUGCUGCUCUCCAGAGGCAGAGAUAACACCCAAAAAACUGACAUUUUCCUAUACAAGUUGGGAGAAUCGGCAGCCCUUCAUUGAAGUCUUCAUCGAGGAAAUGAAGAGGAGUGUGCAGCUCAGCGUGACAGAGAGCUCAUCCAAUGAACCUCGCUGGGAGGCCACAUUGAGACCAAAAGAUGUUAAACGUGAUGCAUCGUCAGGAGAACACCACGCAGGAGGCGGCACAGGGAAGACAAUGAGAGACCACCUCCUGGACACCCUGAAAAACCUCCGAAAGGGAGAGCUGAAGGAGUUCAAGAGCAAACUGACUGACAUUGAGCUGGAGGAGGGAUACGACCACAUACCGCGAGGCCACCUGGAGAGUACAGAGCCUGUGGAGAUCCUUGACCUGCUGGUCAAACAUUAUGGAAAUGAUUAUGCGGUGAAGGUGACCAUGAUGGUGCUGGAAGCCAUCAACCAGAGAGCCCUGGCAGAGAGAUUGAGAAGUGCAGUGAGGUGUAGCCUAAAGGAUUAA